AGGCGAGGAGCAGCAACAGGCAGCUCACUCCUCCAACCAGGACUGCUCGCAGGCGAAUAGAAACUGCGAGUGACCCGAGAGCUGCGGAAUGGCCGCUCAACGCGUGAUUACGAUACAGCCUCAGUUUUUAGGUCCUCCACAGUCGAGCGAAUGGCAGACAGAUUUGAUGGACUGCUGCUCUGACUUUGGAGUGUGUUUAUGUGGCGCCUUCUGCUUCCCUUGCCURGGGUGUCAGGUGGCCAGUGACAUGGACGAGUGCUGCUUGUGUGGCUGCAGCGUGGSCAUGAGGACACUCUACCGCACCAAAUACAACAUCCGGGGGUCCAUUCUGAAGGAUCAUAUGGCCGUCCUGUGCUUUCCUGCCUGCGCUCUUUGUCAGCUGAAGAGAGAUAUCAACAGGAGGAAAGAGCAGGGCAUAUUCUGAUGGGUCCCGAGCUGCGGCGCGGCCGUCCCCGUCCCUGGCGGCUGCCGCCAGCCU